AUGGGUUUGCACUCAGCCCAGAAGAAGCACUUUCCCCUGCGGGGGAUCGACGGUGUGGUUCAUCUGUUUGAUGCUGAGCUCCGCAAGUCAGAGCCAGACUUAGCCCUUCUCUCCCUGGUCCUGGGUUUUGUCGAGCACUUCCUAGCUGUGAACCGGGUCGUUCCCGUAAAUGUUCCGGGAGUCCGCUUUGAACCGCUGGAGCCGGACUGUCCCAACUCCUGCUUUCCCACGGUGGAGCUGGGCAUGAUUUCUGCACUGUACGAACGCUUCACGGCCCAGAUCCGUGGCGCGGUAGACCUGUCCCAGUACAGGAGGACUGCUGCAGGGUCCAGCAGGGAGCUGGUGAAGAAAGUGUCAGAUGUGAUCUGGAACAGUCUAAGUCGCUCUUACUUCAAGGACCGGGCCCACAUUCAGUCCCUCUUCAGUCUCAUCACUGGUACCAAACUGGACAGCUCUGGUGUGGCAUUUGCUGUGGUGGCAGCCUGCCAAGUUCUAGGUCUGAAGGAUGUCCACCUGGCUCUCUCUGAGGACCACGCCUGGGUGAUUUUCGGCAAAAAUGGUGAAGAGACAGCCGAGGUCACCUGGCACGGAAAGGGUAACGAGGACCGACGAGGACAAACUGUCACAGCAGGAGUCAGUGAGAAGAGUUGGCUGUAUCUUAAGGGCUCCUACAUGAAAUGUGACAGAAACAUGGAGGUGGCCUUCAUGGUUUGUGCCAUCAACCCCUCCCUUGAUCUGCAUACUGACAGCUCUGAGCUCCUGCAACUGCAGCAGAAACUCCUCUGGUUGCUGUAUGAUCGAGGCGACCUGGACAGGUAUCCUAUGGCCAUGGGCACUCUGGCGGACCUAGAAGAUCAGGAUCCAAUCCCAGGCAAGGAGAGCCCCCUGGAAAUCCACCUCAAGGCUGUCACUUCUGCUCAGAAGCACUACAACAACGAACACAUCUACCCCUACAUGUACCUGGCUGGUUUCCACUACAGACACAGGAAUGUGCGGGAGGCUCUGAGGGCCUGGGCCAAGGCAGCUCAGGUCAUGCAGGAAUAUAACUAUUUCCGUGAGGAUGAGGAGAUCUACAAGGAGUUCUUUGACAUUGCAAACGAUGUUAUCCCCACUCUGCUGAAGGAGACAGCUGCUGCUGCAGAGAGUCUGGGGGAGGGAGAGGAGGGAGGAGAAGGAGCUGACAAGGAGCACCCUAAGCAGGCAGCAGCCUUCUCAGCACUCCAAGACUCAGAAUGCUUUGCCCACCUGCUGCGUUUCUAUGAUGGCAUCUGCAAAUGGGAGGAGGGCAGCCCCACUCCAGUCCUUCAUGUGGGCUGGGCCACCUACCUGGUCCAGUCUUUGAGCCGCUUUGAUGCUCAGGUGCGUCAGAAGGUGUCGAUCAUCACCAAAGAGCCAGAGUCCCAGGAUGAUGAUGACCAGUCCAGCGAUGACCCCCGAGAGGGGCGCAGAAGAGGCCCCAGGAGAGAGUCCAGGCUGGAGGAGCAGAACUCUCCUCCUCCUGCUGCUCCUUCCUCCCCACCCUCCCCGGCAGCAGCAGCAGCAGCAGCAGCAACCCAGCCCAAGAAGGUGGGAGAGGGAGGGGGCCGCCGCCGCUCCUCCCAGGGUCUGCGGGGCGGAGACGUUGAAGGAAAACCUAAGUCCCCCAGCCCAGCAUCUUCACCCUCAUCCCAACAUCAGGUGUCUCCCUCCCCAGCUGGUCCUGUGGUUGUAUUUCAGAGUGAGAAGAUGAAGGGGAUGAAGGAACUGCUCUGUGCAGCCAAGGUGAACUCCAGUGCCAUCAAGCUGCAGCUGACCGCCCAGUCCCAGGUCCAGAUGAAGAGACAGAAGAGCACACCGGCCGGGGAUUACUCCAUGUCCUUCAUGAAGCGACAACGCAAGUCGCUGUAGACAUGUUGAUUGUUGUAGGAGUUAUUGCGACUCUGUAGGACAUACUGUGAACAGCAGCACGGACACUCGAUUAACCUCGCUUUUGUUUGUGAAACUUUUUACCAGUGUUUUCAUCCAGAGGUCCAGUUCAGUCAAUAUCCUCAUAGUUCCUAGCAAUAUAUUUUACUAGCACAAGUGAGUUAAGCAUCACAUAUCAGGUUUGAACUGAAGGAGUGAACAUUUCAUUCUCUUUUAUUUAAUUAAGAAAAUAUUUUUUGGCAAACUGCCUGGUUUGAUAGAUUGUAAGCACUCACUCAUCAUUAGUUUGUGUAUUAAUUGGCAGCCAAUUGCACACUGACUAUUAACUUCUUAUUGACUUGUGGAUGUUUGAAGCCAAAGUAACGAGGAUAACCAGAAUACAACUUCAGAUGUGUAAAUAUCAACUUAUACCAUUUGGAACUGUUCAUAACUGAAGCCUUGGAAGUGAUUACUUUAGGAUAGUUACUGUGUAACAUUGUCCACUUCUGCUCUAUCGACAGCUUCUUUCUUGCUAGCUCUGUGUUGCCUUAUUUUGCCUUUGUUCUUUUCUAAAGUAGGUGGCCUUUAGUUUUGAGAUUAGCUGAGUUAGGACUAUUUCUAAUUGAUAAGAGAAGACCAGGAAGACCAUGCACUGUUGAGACAGAGGCACAUUAGGUGGCACUGCUACAUCCUAUUUGCUUGAUGAUUUGUGGUUUUUGUUCAUGUUUUUGUAUCUGCAAGUAAUAAAGACCUGAUGAAAAAAGAA